UGGUGGCUGCUGGGCUGCACCCCUGUCGGCAGUGGCGGGCAGCACCAGUCCGGCCUUCUCUCCGACUGCCCUCCCCUCCGGGCAGGCAGGGCAGCCGGGCUCUCUCACAUUCCCAGACAUCUCGGGCCCCCAAACGUGGGCUCCCACAAGUCUGAGCAGCAGAGACGGGGACCACCCGAUGCCACAGUCUGCUCCCCGAUUCUGCGCCCAGGCGGCUGAGUCCCACCUGGGAAGGAGAGCCCAAGUCAGGGGAGUAGGCACAAUGAUGACUAAUGCCUCAGGGCUCCUGGGAACAGCCCGCGGCCCCCUGGUGUCAGCAACCUGGCCACAGCCCAGCCCCCCUCCCGCCAUGCCCACCGUGCCCUCCGUGUCCUCCGUGCCUGGCGGGCCACAGAUGGACCCCAUGGGGAACAGCUCCCAGGGCGCCUCCCGCCUCUUCCUCACCACUGCGUUGGCCCAUGGCGUCUCAGGGGUCUUCGUGUGGACUGCCCUGGUGCUCACCUGCCACCAGCAGGUCCCCUGUGGACAACUUGGGAUGCCCCUUUCACUGGCCGUCCAAGACCCUGCCGGCCCCACCAGCAUCUACCCCCGCGUCGCUGCGAGGAUCUACCUGCACCUGCGCUCCUACACGGUUCCCAACGAGCAGCGCUACAUCAUUCGCCUGCUCCUCAUCGUGCCCGUCUACGCCUUCGACUCCUGGCUCAGCCUCCUCCUCCUGGGGGGCCACCAGCACUACAUCUACUUGGACUCAGUGCGUGACUGCUAUGAAGCCUUUGUCAUCUAUAGCUUCCUAAGCCUGUGCUUCCAGUACCUGGGGGGCGAGAGCGCCAUCAUGGCAGAGAUCCGGGGAAAGCCCAUCCGGUCCAGCUGCAUCUAUGGCACCUGCUGCCUGCACGGCAUGUCCUACUCCAUUGGCUUCCUGCGAUUCUGCAAGCAGGCCACACUGCAGUUUUGUAUCGUGAAGCCUGUCAUGGCCUUGGUCACCAUCGUCCUGCAGGCGUUCGGCAAAUACCAUGACGGGGACUUCAACAUCCGCAGCGGCUACCUCUACGUCACCCUCAUCUACAAUCUCUCCGUCAGCCUGGCCCUCUACGCCCUGUUCCUUUUCUACUUCGCCACCAGGGAGCUCCUGCAGCCCUUCGAGCCUGUCCUCAAGUUCUUCACCAUCAAGGCGGUCAUCUUCCUCUCUUUCUGGCAGGGGAUGUUGCUGGCCAUCCUGGAGAAGUGUGGAGUCAUCCCUGAGGUCCAGGUCAUCGACGGGAGCAAGAUUGGGGCUGGCACGCUGGCCGCUGGCUACCAGAAUUUCAUCAUCUGCAUUGAGAUGCUGUUUGCCUCCAUUGCCCUGCGCUAUGCUUUCAGCUGCCAGGUGUACGCAGAGAAGAAAGAGAACUCACCAGCCCCUGAGGCACCCAUGCACAGCAUCUCCAGCGGCCUCAAAGAGACCAUGAGCCCACAGGACAUUGUGCAGGACGCCGUCCAUAACUUCUCGCCGACCUACCAGCACUACACCCAGCAGGCCACACACGAGGCCCCGAGCCCCAGCGCCCACCCCAGUGCAGCCAAUGGCCCCGGGGGGAUCCAGAAGAGUCGGAACGUGGAGAAGCGGAUGCUGAUCCCCGCGGAGGAGCUGUAGGAGGGCCACGGGUCACCGGACGCCUGGCUGCCACCUGUCUGCCCGGGGCCUCUGGCCAAGCACAGAGCCCCUCACCCACCAGCCCUGUUGCCAGAGGAGAAGCCCCUUCUGGGAGCCUUCCUGCCAGGAAUGUGGGGCCACUGUCCAGCCUGUCUCCCACCUGCAGGCCCGUGGCUCCAGAUGGGACAUCGGAGUUUAUCUGAUGAGCUUGGGAUUCGUUGGGCACCCCUGGCCGUCUGCUCAGGGGCUGCUAUGAAGCGGGCGCCAGCAGGAUGGACGGACUCCAGGCUGGGCCCCUGCAGGGAAGGGCGGCCUCCGGAGAGCGAGCAGCCACCCCGAGAUCAUGGGAGCUGUGGGUGUGGACAGGUGGGCCAGUAGGGGCCUCAGCUGGGCCUUGCCAGGCCGCCGCACAGCCCCUCCAGCCAAGGAGACUCCUGAAAGUCCCCACCCGACAUGUGGAUGUGGGUCUGGGAGGUGUCCGGGGCCACCUGCACAGGGACUUCGUCCUGACCAGCCCGCAGGGCACAGGCGGCUCGCAGAUGAAAUCACACUUAUUUGUACAUAAACACCUGGCUUUUCUAGA